GCUCAGCAUCUCCUCCGUUCAUCUCUGCUGCCUAUAAAUAGUGAGGAGGACACUUCCAGCCUCCAUCAGCCAGCUGACUGACCAACAGGUAGGACUCCUGCUCCUCUACAGCACCUUCUCUGCAACAACCUGGUCUGAAAGAGCAAACUCUAGCUUCUUUGAAAGCUGCCAUGAAGGUCCUCGUCGUCCUCUUCCUCAUCUUCCUCACAGGUUGUGAUGCUGGGUGGUUUGACUCUCCAGCCAAACAAUCUCCAGCCAAACAUUCUCCACCCAAACAUUCUCCACCCAAACAUUCUCCACCCAAAUGCAAGGAGGACUUGGCCAAAGAUUGUUUCUGGAGUUACGUUAAGGAUUGCACGCACACCUCAGAAGAGAGUUUGAAGGAAAUCAAAUGUUCACUUCCAGGACAGUAUGUGAGCAAACUCAUCUCACAGAGCAUCGAGAUCCUCCACAAAUUCUUCCAGCUGGUUUACGCUCAUAUAGUCUACUGGUGCAACGAGCUCUUCCAUAGGUUCUGCCACGAGGUGGACCACUUUCAGCACCGCGUGGAGUAUUAUCUGCACCUGCUGAGUGACGAAACCGACCACCACACCAAGGAGCUGGCAGAACGAAUCCGCUGCAUGUUGGAUGAUCUCAAGAAGUCCGUAGCCGAAUACAUUAAAGUCUUAGACUACAAAGGCCUGAAGGUCGACCUGGACAAGAAGUACAAGAAUCUGUGUGAUGAAGUGCAAACGUGCUUUAAACACCAUCGCUGUGAAGACCGCCGUGGGCACAAAAAGGAAUGUGACAUCAAGAAGAAAGUGGAAAAAGACCUGGAAGACUUUAAAAUCACCUUGCGCUUCCUCUGCUAUACCUUCGAGAUCAAACUCAUGGAGACGUCCAAACAGAUCAAUAAGAAAGUCACACAUCCUGAAAAGAAGCACUGUCACAAGCUGGAUAAAAACUCACCUGCCCUGAGUGGUGAGCUGAAGACCUUAUGGGAACAAUGGAAACACUUCAACUGAAC